AUGAUUUUGAUGACUAUUCACGUAUGGAAACGAUUUUAUGAAUCUCAUUAUGUUACUAUUUACAGUCAAGCGAGAAUAAGUUUUCUACUUUAUAUUAUUGGAUUGGUUCAUUACAGUAUGCUUGUGUCAACUAUUGUUGGAGAAUCUUAUGGAUUCGUAAGAGGCUUUCACAAAAGUUUUCAAUUCAAUAAAUUUGCCACCACUUACAAUAUUAUUUGCUCUGUAGUAAUGCUGAUGGCGACUUAUGAACAAUUUCGAACGAAUAUUAUUUUAGUAAAUCUUCGGAAAAAUAAAACAGAAGAAAUAUUGUGUAAUUCAUAUAAACUUCCUACGGGUAGACUUUUUGAUUUUAUAUCAACUCCAUUGCAAUUUACUGAAAUCGUGAUAUAUUUAACACUUACUGCUAUUCUUUGGGAGAAUUCGACCAUUCAUUAUAUAUCAAUGUGGGUUUUUAUGAAUCAGAUGGCGAAUGGAUUCUUCCAACAUCAAUGGUAUAAACAAAAUUUUGAAAAUUAUCCCAACCGUAAAAUCAUAAUACCAUUUAUAUGGUAA